AUGGACGAAGACCUCAUCGUGGUGGACGAUGUCGAAGCUUUGGAAAUGCAAGGAGCCACGUCCGGUACCUCAAACGGAGUAUCAGUCCCGCCAGAGUCUUUCUACCGCACUAGCCAUCGUCCUAUUCGACAAGCUGCAGAACAUGCCCUCGCGAGUACUUCACGGCUGAGAAGCAGUACACCUCUAUACACAGACAGCAAUGAACGAGCAACUCGGUCUUCGACUGCGAAGAAUAAGCCCCCACCUAAGCUGAAGUUGAAGCUUAGUGAGAAGGCCGCAGCGCAAGCCCCUGGAAUGUCGUUUCUGGGCCCAUACGACCGCGAGCUGGAUUCAGAUGACGAAGAGUUGUCGUUCGAGGAACAGUUCAUCCUUCGAAUGCCACCAGGUGAAGACUGCGAGCGUCUACGGAAGAUAGUUGCUUCUCGGGAGAUACCCAACGACGUAUGGUUUAGAUUCAAAGACUCGCGUCGAGCUCAGUUCCAUAUAUCCAAUACGACAUAUUCUGCCAAACUUGUGGAUCUUCCCUGUAUAGUGGAAGCACAAAAGACCUUGGACAAUAAGCAGAUGUUCAAGGUGGCCGACAUAUGUCAGAUGCUUGUUGUGGAGAACACGGUAGAAAAUGAAUCCUCGACGACAUCGCAAUCCAAGAACUUCAAUAUCGACGACUUCAUAUGGCCUCACGGCAUAACACCGCCCCUACACCAUGUACGGAAGCGUCGCUUCCGUAAAAGAGUGAACAAGCGAACGAUAGAAACGGUAGAACAAGAAGUCGAGCGUUUGCUUGACGAGGAUGCAGCCGCUGCCGAGGUUCAAUAUGAAAUUCUCGAGAAUGUCAAUCCUGAUCUUUCUGAUUCCGAAUUCAUCGAAAGAGCAGAACCCCUGGAUGCUCCUACUCCCGCAGUCUCUGACGGCGGUGACCCUACUACGCCCGGUCCUGACGGAGGUGACAUGGACGGUGACGAAGAUGAAGAGGGUGAAGGCGACAUAGAUGAGGAGCUUGCAGCGGAGUUGGAUAUGGCACUGGGUGACGAAGGAGGAGAAGACGAAGACGAGGAAGAGGAGGAUGACGAUAGCGAAGAAGAAGAUGAGGACGAUGAGGACGACGAGGAUGCCCAAGCAAGAAAACUACUGAACGAGGAAAUUAGAGAUCUCGAAGCCGCUGUUGCAAAGAAGAACCACGAGAUUGCUAGCUCUGCUAACCCGCUCAUCAAGAAACGGUUCGAGGAUGCUCUGAAGAAACUAUCAGGUGAUCUUGAAAUGAAGCUCGUUCAGCGCGAAGAAAUGAAGGAGAAGCAACGAAUGCGAAAAGAUGGGGCUUCGACGGACGGCGAACCGGAAGUUGUUGCUGGAGGUGAAAGCACUAGGAUGGUUAUUGAUAAUGAGGAUGAGGAGGGUGACCUCUUUGGCUCUGAUCCAUAA